UUAGACCUUUAAUGGAAUAUGGUGAUUUUAUAUGGGAUGGUUGUGGGGUAGAAUGCAGUAAUGCUCUCGAAAGAAUUCAAUUUGAUGCAGCUCGCCUCGUUACUGGUGCUAUAAAAGGCACUAACCGUGUAGCUCUGCUAGAAGAACUCUCUUGGGAUAAAUUAGAAACCAGACGAUAUAUUCACAAAUUAUCAGUUUUAUACAAAAUUAAGAACAGAAUGGUUCCUGACUAUCUUUAUUUUGUUUUACCAAAGCCG